AUGAUGAGAUUAACACCGACCUUCCUCUACUUCUCACUAUCUCUCGUUACACUCUCCACCUAUCUCCAAGCCUACCUCCGAGUGGAUCAUUUCACCAUCAGUUGCGGCUAUAGCGGCUACGACUACUCCUUCGACGGCGAAAGGACAUGGGCAGUGGACACUGACUCAAAGAUCUUAUCUCCUCAACACAUCUCAACAAUAGUCACAGCUUCAGCAAACACGUUAGGCCCUUCCAUCAACCGAAUCCCCUACAGCACAGCUCGGUUGUCCCGCUCCCAAUUCAACUACUCCUUCCCCGUCAUCACCCCAGGCCCCAAAUUCCUCCGUCUCUUCUUCUACCCAGCUUCAUACAAUCGCGGCAGCUUCAACCGCGAAGACACGUCCUUCACAGUCGAAUCCAACGGAUUUACCCUACUCAAGGACUUCAACGCUUCACUCACCGCUGAUGCUGAAGGACUUGAUACCAUCUUCAAAGAAUACACCAUCAACGUGAACGACGGUGAAAGCCCUGACUUGACUCUCACUCCAACCACGAGCUCUUCCUAUGCUUUCAUCAACGGAAUUGAGGUUUUAUCCAUGCCUAGUGACCUCUACUACACACCUUCCACCAACCCAGGAUUCAAGCUCGUGGGUUAUCAAGACAGCGCUUUGUAUAGCGCUAUAACCAGCACUACACUGGAGACAAGUUACCGAAUCAAAGUUGGAGUGCAAUCAAUCUCACCCAGCAAAGACACGGGCUUGUUCAGAACCUGGGAAGCCAAGGAUGACUUUUAUUUAAGAACACCGAGCGCACUGGAUACUAUACCUUUAGAUUUGACGGGUACGAUGAACAUCACCGUGAGCCCUGAUUAUGCCGCACCCAAAGACCUAUACAGGACAACACGUGACAUGGGCCUAAACAAAACUCUGAACAAAAUGCUGAACCUGACUUGGGUGUUCCCUGUUGAUGCUGGCUUCACCUAUAUGCUCAGGCUCCACUUCUGCGAGCUUGAUCCUGCAAUCACCGACACCGGCGACAGGGUGUUCUUCAUAUAUGUGGCGGGCAAGGUUGCAGAGGAUCACGCUGAUGUUAUGAAAUGGUCCAGCAAUCAAAAAGGGGUAGCUGUUCAAAGAAAUUAUGCAGUGAUAAUUCCAAAGAAUGAUGAUAAUCAUAAAAAGGUGAAUCUCUCUCUCCAAAUGCAUCCUUAUGGAGAAUACAAAGAUACAACAUACAGUGACCCCUUCUUGAACGGGCUUGAAAUUUUCAAGAUCAGCGACCUAGCAUCCAACAACCUAGCCGGAUCCAACCCAGACCUGGUUCAGGCUUUGCCCAACCUGCAACUUCCAAGCACGGGUAAGAAAACGCAACAACUCAACAACUGUUAUAGGGGGUUCUUCUACUGCAUAAGUGUGUGUUUCUGUUUCAACUUUAAAAGCACUUUUGGUCCCCAUGAUUUCGAAUUGUGUAAAAUGAGUCCUUAA